AUGCGUUGCUUUGUGGUGUUCAGUGCGCUAGUACUUGCCCUGGUCAGUGCUCGACCGGAAGGCUACAGUUACUACACUCCGCAUGGUGGUUCCGGCUCCGGCCAUGGCGCCGCGACCUCAAGUGCUAGUUUAUCGUUCGGGUCCGGGUCGGCGGUUGUGAGCGGCCCGAGUGAACUGGAAGACUGUGAAGAGCCUAGCCACGAGCAGUUGAGCCCGUACCAGCACAGCCAGCUACAUUACUUCACGCCUCAAGUGACGGCUGGUCAUUCGGGAUCGUCCUCUUCGUCUUCAUCAUCCUCUUCGUCGUCGUCGUCGUCGUCGUCGUCGGCGGGCCUGUCGUCGUUGUACCUUGGAGCAGGAGCAGGACAUCAGCAACAGCACCAUUCCGUGCCGACCGCCCACGUCCAAGAGUCUGUGUCUGGUGGUUCCUCCGCACUGUACCACUAUCAGACACAGCCGAAGGUCGUCACGCAGGAGGUGCACCAUCAUGUACAGCCUCAGGUAGAAUACUUCACCGACGUGCAUCAGCAUCAGCAGUCGCACUAUCACCAUCAGGACCACCAUACACCGGCCACCGUGCACUACGUACAGCAGCCCGUCGUCAAGGAGGAGGUCCACAAGCACGUCUAUGUGCACGUCGCGCCGGAGGAGAAGGAAGAGAUUCACCAAAAGGUGGUCCUGCCGACCUACACCAAGCAGAAGCACUACAAGAUCAUCUUCAUCAAGGCACCAGCGCCUCCUAGCGUCGGUAAGGUGGUCCUACCGCAGCAGCCGGUCAACGAGGAGAAGACCCUCGUCUACGUGCUGCACAAGAAGCCCGAGCUCGAGCAGGAGAUCGUUGUUCCGGCACCGGUCGCGGCAAAGCCCAGCAAGCCCGAGGUCUACUUCAUCAAGUACAAGACCAAGAAGGAGGAACAGCAUCACCACACGUAUCAUCAUGAGGAGUCGCACAAGGCGUCCUCAGGCGUAUCGUACGGAGGAAGCAGCACGGCCAGCAGCCUCAACGUCGGUGCCGGAUUCGAAGCCUCGGAUCUGACCGGCUACGGAGGUUCGUUCAGCACCAGCUUUGCGCCGAUCGUCGUGACGGAGGGCUCGUACCAUCAUCACAGCAGCACGCCGGCCCCGGUUAAGGUGACCACCGUCCACUCCGUCCUAUCCUCGUCGGCUGCCCCGUCCGCCCACGGAAAAUCGCAGAGUAUCAAAGUGAGCAACGUCGGACUUUCGGGCUACUCGGCCGGUGGUGGUCGCCAGCGCGGUACCAAAAAGCCGUGCAGCAGCAAGUGUAGCAAGUCUACCAGCGCUCCGCUCACGGUCAACGAUGGAGGCUCGCUGGAUGCCUUCAUUUCCAACGUGUUCUGA